AUGUAUAAUAUUAUCAUAGAACAAGAACAGGAAAACGGCAACAUUGAAAUCGGCGUAACAAUAAUAAUAAUCAGUAUGAUGAUGUUUCAAUCAUAUAUUAUCAUCUGCUCAAUUAUCUUUGGUCUUGUUUUAACCAAACCCAUAGAAGAAAAAUUCGAAAAUGAAAACAAAUCUGAAGUUGUAUCAAGUGAACAAGCUUUCCGACAAGCUGAAAUGAUUCUUCAUCGUUAUUUUUAUUUAAUUAAAUCCGACACAGAUCACCUUGUUCAUGCUAUGUUGCAUAUGAUAAUAAAUAAUCCAAAGUCAUUUCCAUUCGUUCCACUCCGUGCAUUAGAUAUAGCAUUGACAAAUUUUGAAAACAAAUUAGGUCAAGAUGACAAGAAAAUCUUAAUAAAACCAAUAUUGUUGUCUUUUGAACAAAAUGCUCAAAAUAAAUUGAAACAAACACCACCACUUCAAAUAUCCGAUGAAGUCAAAAGUGAAAUAGAAGACGCAUUGGACGAAUUUUUUGAAAAACAUGAUAACAGUUCUUAUCUAUAA